AUGGAGAGUAAGAAUACAAGAAAGACCCAUCAAAAGUCGUCUGACAAUGACAACGAGCGUACAGGGAAGACUGACACUGGCACCGGUGAUAAGUUGAUAGAAAACAUGAACCGUAGCAGUACAGGGAAGAGUGACUAUGGCAUUGACACCCAAAGUGAUAAACAAUCUAAGGAGAAGGGAAAGGGUAAGGAGACGAUGGAGAGUAAGAAUACAAAAAAGACCCAUCAAAAGUCAUCUGACAAUGACAACGAGCGUACAGGGAAGACUGAAAACAAGCCUAUAGGGAAGAGUGACAAUGGCAUUGGUGCUAAAUUGAUACAAAACAUGAAGAUAGCACCCAAAGGAAGGUAA